CGCAGCAGCCGAGGCAUCCGCCGCGCGCCCCGCCAGCCAGCCAGCCGGCCCGCCGGGGAGGAGGACGAGCGGGAGGAGGACGCAAACUUGAGAGCGGCGGGGCGAGGGGCGCGCUGGCGGAGGGAAAACUUUAAUCUCCUCCGAGAGGGGGGAAGGGGGAAGAAGAACCCAAACCGGAGAGACACACGGAGAGAAAGAAAGAGGAGAAAAAAAAAAAAAAAAAAAAAAAGGUGGGAGGGCUCUGGGAUCCGAACCCCGCGAUCCGAUCCGAUCCGAUCCGCGGCCCACCGCGCCGCCGUGAGAGAGAAAGUUGACCGGCGGGACGGCUUUCUCUCCGCGCGCCCGGCCCGCCGCGCCGGGCCGAGGUGUCCGCCCGUCCGCCCGUCCGUCCGUCCGUCCGUCCGCGCUCCCGGGUGGGAGACCCAGCCGCGCUGCCGGGUCUCGUGGGUCCCUGGCUCCCUCGCCCCACCCUUCCACGGGGACACGAAGGUUAAAAAAUAAAUCAUGACUGAGUCUGCAUCUAGCACAAGUGGUCAAGAGUUUGAUGUGUUCAGUGUUAUGGACUGGAAGGAUGGAGUUGGUACCUUACCCGGAAGUGAUCUAAAGUUUCGGGUGAAUGAGUUUGGAGCUUUGGAAGUCAUCACAGAUGAAAGCGAGAUGGAGAGUGUUAAGAAAGCCACCGCCACUACCACUUGGAUGGUUCCUACUGCCCAAGAGGCCCCGACCUCUCCCCCGAGCUCCAGGCCCGUAUUCCCACCUGCCUACUGGACAUCUCCACCUGGGUGUCCCACAGUCUUUUCAGAGAAGACUGGGGUGCCAUUCAGGUUGAAGGAGCAAUCAAAAGUUGAUGGGCUUCAGUUUUGUGAGAACUGUUGUCAGUAUGGCAAUGGAGAUGAGUGUCUUUCUGGAGGAAACUAUUGCAGCCAGAAUUGUGCUCGGCGAACCAAGGACAAAGAUCAGAAGGAAGAGAGAGAUGGAGGCGAAGACAACGAGGAAGAGGAUCCCAAGUGUAGUCGGAAGAAAAAACCAAAAUUAUCCCUGAAAGCCGACUCCAAGGAGGACGGGGAAGAGAGAGAUGAUGAGAUGGAGAACAAACAAGAUGGAAGGAUCCUGAGGGGUUCCCAGAGAGCCAGAAGGAAAAGACGUGGGGACUCAACUGUCUUAAAGCAGGGUUUGCCUCCUAAAGGCAAGAAAACAUGGUGCUGGGCAUCUUACCUGGAGGAGGAGAAAGCUGUGGCUGUGCCUGCAAAGCUGUUCAAAGAGCAUCAGUCCUUUCCGUACAGCAAAAACGGGUUCAAAGUCGGCAUGAAACUAGAAGGCGUGGACCCCGAGCAUCAGGCUGUGUACUGUGUCCUCACUGUGGCCGAGGUUUGUGGAUAUAGGAUAAAGCUUCACUUUGAUGGCUAUUCGGAUUGCUAUGACUUCUGGGUAAAUGCAGAUGCUUUGGACAUCCACCCAGUAGGGUGGUGUGAGAAAACGGGCCAUAAACUACACCCUCCAAAAGGGUAUAAGGAAGAAGAAUUUAACUGGCAGUCCUACCUGAAGACGUGCAAAGCCCAGGCUGCUCCUAAGUCAUUAUUUGAAAAUCAGAACAUAACAGUGAUCCCAUCAGGCUUUCGAGUCGGAAUGAAGCUCGAGGCUGCAGACAAAAAGAGCCCUUCCUUCAUCUGUGUUGCUACGGUAACAGAUAUGGUGGACAAUCGCUUCCUGGUGCAUUUUGACAACUGGGAUGAGAGCUAUGACUAUUGGUGUGAAUCGUCCAGCCCACACAUUCAUCCAGUUGGUUGGUGUAAAGAGCAUAGGAGAACGCUGAUGACUCCACCAGGCUAUUCACAUGUGAAACACUUUUCCUGGGAUAAAUAUUUAGAAGAAACCAAUUCUUUACCUGCUCCUGCCAGAGCUUUCAAAGUGAAACCUCCACACGGAUUCCAGAAAAAAAUGAAGCUUGAAGCUGUAGACAAAAGAAACCCCCUGUUUAUCAGAGUAGCAACAGUAGCAGAUACAGAUGAUCACCGGAUAAAAGUUCACUUUGAUGGCUGGAGCAGUUGCUAUGAUUACUGGAUCGAUGCAGACUCUCCAGACAUUCACCCCGUGGGCUGGUGUUCCAAAACCGGGCACCCGCUUCAGGCACCCCUCAGCCCUGCAGAAUUAAUGGAGCCAUCAGAAACUGGGGGAUGUCCAACUCUAGGCUGCAAGGGUAUUGGCCAUUUUAAGAAAUCGAGGUACCUGGGCACUCAGAGUGGUGCCAACUGUCCGUAUUCUGAAGUCAACUUGAAUAAAGAGCGCAUCUUUCCAGACCGCCUUAGUGGUGAGCUGUCUUCAUCUAGUCCAUCAUUUCCCAGAAGUAAAAGGAUGGACACCCACGAAAGCUCAUCAUCUCUCGAAACCAGGGAACAGCGUGCUGAUAACGUCAAAGAAGCUUCUGAAGAGAAAACAGAAAAUGAAGUGAGGACAUCAGCUGAAGCCAAAGUUGUUCGGGAAGAGCCUAGCACUCCUGUCCAGCAUCCUCAGCAGGCUCAGCCAGUGCAGCAGGCUCCGCCUCCUCAGCUGCCUCAGCAGGCUAUUCCACAGGCUCAGCAGAAGACACAGGCUCAGCAGAAGACACAGGCUCAGCAGCCUCAGCAGGCCCAGCAGGCCCAGCAGGCCCAGCAGCCUCAGCAGCCUCCUCAGCAGCCUCUUCAGCAGGCCCAGCAGGCCCAGCAGGCCCAGCAGCCUCAGCAGCCUCAGCAGCCUCAGCAGCCUCAGCAGGUUCAACAGGCUCAGCCAGCUCAGCCAACUCCCCAGGCCCAGCAGGCCCAGCGGAGGUCAGCUGUCUUUCUCUCCUUUAAGCCCCCAAUUCCAUGCCUGCCGCUGCGCUGGGAGCAGCAAAGCAAGCUCCUUCCAACCGUUGCUGGAAUCCCUGCUAGUAGAGUUUCCAAAUGGAGCACAGAUGAGGUGUCAGAAUUCAUUCAGAGCUUGCCUGGGUGUGAAGAACACGGAAAAGUGUUUAAGGACGAACAAAUCGAUGGAGAAGCAUUUUUACUCAUGACCCAAACAGACAUUGUAAAAAUUAUGAGCAUUAAGCUGGGCCCAGCUCUCAAAAUUUUCAAUUCUAUUCUGAUGUUCAAAGCUGCAGAGAAGAAUUCCCACAACGAACUGUGAAGACAGCGAAUUCUGGCACCAUCAGCUUCCGCUUUGUAGCUCAUCAUGUUUCUUCAAAGCACAAGGACGGCUCUAGCUCCCAGUGAGAAGUCUUCAGAACUCACAAGAGCAGACCAUGGGACCGGCUGUCCCUCCAGACUGCGUACGCAUUCCUAGGAAAUGCUUUAGCUUCUCACCAGCUACUGUCCAACAACACUCACCUUUCGGUUCUGCUCAUUGAGCUAAACUUAUCUUUGUAAAUCUUUUGGAGAUGGGAGGUGGGUGGGGAAAGGGAGGCUUCAUUAUUUAUGGACGGGGUGGGGCAAACAGAACUUUUGGCAUUUUGUAAACAUCGUUGGAUUCUCUUUCAUGUACACUAUCUUUUUUUUUUCCAAUACUUUCAGAAACCUUUUUAUAUAACUGAAUUUCAACUUAAACCAAAUCCGUUGAAACCUGGCUGAGUUUAGCCUGGGACUGGUGUCAGUCAUGGUCGCCCUGUGCCAUAUUUGGAAUUGCAGCAUUAGCCAAGUGUAACUCUGUGAGUCGAGACCUUGCCUAACUCUGCGCCAUCCUCUGUUGGGACUGAAGCAUUGUAAAUACUACCUUUCUUGGAAUCCAUGUUUUCACUUUUGCACGCAUCAUGAAUUGUUAAACAAAUUACUUUUCACCAGCAUCUUUACUGUUAUUACCAAAAAAGUGUAUAUAAAAGAAUGGAACUGAAAAAUAAAAUAUAUAAACCUACUUAGAUUUGAAUGAAGUAGUGUAUCUUGAGCAGAAUCGGUUUUUGUACAUCACGGUGCCCACCAGAGGAUGUUGCAGUCCUAUCCCCGGGCAAGUUGAUGAGGAACUUGAUUUAUGAGGUUAUUGUGUGCAUCGCUGUAAAUGGCAUGGAAGGAACUGGUGCUUUACCGAAAAGGACUCCCUCUGUUGCUGGAAACACUAAUCCUUCAAGAGUCCCAUCAUUCUCCCAGGUCCUCCAGACCCAGAGCAUCGCCUCAGAGUGAGCUGAGAAGCAGUGCGUAGCUCUUCCUGCGUAGACCUGCUGGGACAGUCACUCCAGCAGCCUCAAAAUUCUUCCUGCUCACGGGUCGAGAGAGCGGCUCCCAAAGCCGUUUUUCCGGGAACCUCCAAUGUAGAAAGAUUCCUUUUCCUAAAACAUAUUUUGCCUUGAUUUCUAAGCAUCUGGAUGCACUUUAAAUGAAAGCCCUUGGUUAUUUAUAAACUCAUAGUUGGCAGUGUUUCUUUUGUAAGCAUGCACUUCUGAGGGAAAGGUAAAUUAUUUUGUCAGUCUUUUGAUGUACUUUCUAAUUCCAGGAUUAGACCUUUAUUCAAGGACUGCUUUAAAAAUAGAAAGUUUAGUAGCAUGCCUUCGGAACUCUGGGGCACGUCCCGCCUCUUUCCACAAACUCUUUAAUGUUUUUCUGAUGUAGGACUUCCUUUGAUGUGCCAUAGUAGGAGUUUAUUAUCAGUGCUUUGUCAUUAUUCAAGGUGAAACAGGGUCCGUGACAUCAGCGGUGUCCUAUUCAUUUCUUUGCAUGAAUCUGCUAAAUACGCUUUUUAUUGUUCCUUUUUUUCCCUUUUCUUUUGUUGUGUUCAGUAUUUGUACAUUUUAACUUGCACUUGUUACAUGUGAUAUGAAUGAAAUAAAAUUUAAUUACAGAUUCCUUUUA